AUGAAUCAUAUGUAUGCUGAUUCUUUGUCGUCAUUGCAGUGUCCAUAUGUACCUGCAUAUGACGGCCGAGGUUUAGCUUUUAUGAGCGAAGCCGAGAAAAGUGGAGGUAUCGAGCCACCUCAGAUCAACUGCUUGUUUGUUAGUGUUGACUUUGGCGACCAAGGCUCCUUUCGACAAAGGAGGCCGCGAAGAAACGAUAAUGAUGCGAACAAUGUCAAAAAUGAGAGAGCCAUUGCAAUGGUUUACAACAAUGACUUACUCAUGCGGCAUAUCAUAAGCUUUAUAACAGACAUAAAUGAUCGCACAAAUGUUGAACUGGCCUCGUCAAGAUUUCGAAUGUUGAGCAGAACAUCGCUCUGGCGUUUCAAAUCAGGAGGUCACACCUUGUCUUUGACAUACAAGACCUUCAACGACUAUGUGUCGGUGGAAAUUGGUGAGUUAUACAUUGCAUUACCUUCUACCACUAUGGAGAGCAGGAUAAGGAGGGACAGUCCCAGAAAUACCCAGCCUGCGAAGUUAAUGAAUGCUUUAUACGGAAUGGCGGAGAGAUUUGCUCCAGAAAUACGAACAAUCAGAUUAGGAGGCACUGAUUCGGACAGCAGAAGUAGAGGAGUCCAAAAUCACCAGCUCAUAGUGACGUCCGACUUACUCCGACUUAUCAGUGAUAGAUUCAAAAAUGUUCACACAAUCUCGUUCACAAACUGCGGAUUCGAUCAGGACGCGAUUGCAUUCAUGAGUUCUGAUGCGUGCGCAUUGUCGAAAAGAAUUAACGAUCUCGGUAUUGACGGAAUAUGGUUUGACUCCACUAGACUGAUAAGGAAAUUCACGUUGUCGUUAUGCUCUGGUUUACGAAAGCUCAAGUUGGAGAACUUCAAAAUAUUGCCUUUUGGUGUGGAGCUUUUCAGUCGUAUACGGGAGUUGAAGAUGGUUCUUGACGAAGUUUAUCUUCGCCUCACCGUUUCUAAUAUCUACAAUUUGACUUUACAAGACAUCCGCUCUUUUUUGGAAACCGUCUCUACAGCUACCAGUGAAUUACGAGUCGACAUAGCUUGCUCGCAAAGCAAAAGAGGCGGCAUGCUGUUCCUAGCACUUCGCGUGCUACCAACACUCAGAAAUAUCACCGAACUGCAGCUGAUGGUUCAGCCCAAGAAUCGUCGAGAAGUCGAAGAUCUGGCCUUCGUUCUCCACAGUCUUGGGAAGUUCCCCUAUCUGCGAAAGAUCUCAUGUGGUGGUUGGAAAUGUUAUGGAAUGUCUAUUGCAUUACAGAAUGGUCUACUUCGUUGCUGUUUUCUUGAAGAUUUGAUUAUAAGUAAUAUAAUCGAAACUGGUCCUGACGAAAUUGCCGAUUUAUUAACUUCAAUUCCCCGAAGCGUCAAGUCACUAUCUCUUGGAAGUCUUUCUGUUACCGACUCGGAUCUGAUGUACAUCUUUGAGGAACUCACAGCAAUCAAAAAACUCAAACUGUCAAAAUUACCUCGAGUUUCUUCUAGCGGAAUUUACCGAGCUAUCUCUGGUCUUCCAAAUCUAGAAGAAUUGCAUUGCUCUGUCCCCGUAAACUCGGUCAUGCUGCGUUCAAUUGUCGACAGCAGAAUCUUCAGAAGAUUGCAAAAUAUCAACCUAGUUAUCACAAAUGGCUAUCCUCAUGACUAUGAAGAAAUGCUGUCGCGGUACUUUGUUGAUGUUUACUGUGCAAAUCACCAUCUCAAGCCGCGAUGGUGCUUCAUCAAAGCGGAAGGACGUCGAAGGCAGGUUGCUCAUUUACCAGUCAUAGAAACAAAACGUCAACCACUUUCUUUGACCGAAUAUCUCUUUGCUUAGUCUUGGUUGUAUCUUAUAUACUUGAUAGCGAGGACCAAAACAGCUUUACCAAAGUUAUGAGACUUACUGGUUGUCAGUGAUUUUAUUUAGCUUUUCUUUUGUACGUGAUGCCAAUUCACUAUCUAGAUUGUUGCCUUAGCUUACUUCAUAUCGAAUUUUAUACCAUUUGCUUUCUUUAUGUGUUUCUUUCUUUUCCUUGUACCCUUAUCCCUCCAUCCUACUGGUUGCCGGAUCAGUGGACGAUUUUUCGCAAUUUUUGCUGAGUGUUCGCCCUGUAUCAUACUCAUUCUAGAUUGUUUUAGCAGAGAUUUAUCUUAGGGCCGCAUGCAGUAACAUCUCCGCUAGAGAGGGGAUCGCAGUUUACA